GGCGCGCCAUGCCGCACCACUAUGAGUCCACCGCACAGUUUUGCAAUACGAGACCUGCUCCCAGAAGCUUCGUCCAGGUCCCCGUCGCCGUCCGACACGGAACUCGACGUCACCGGCACGGAGACUCCCCCGCCCGGCUCCUCCAACCAAGCGAGCGACGAGAAGAAAAAGAACGAGAAGCCGGCGUACAGCUACAACGCCCUCAUCAUGAUGGCGAUACGCAGCAGCCCCGAGAAGAGGCUGACUUUAAACGGCAUUUACGAGUACAUCAUGAAAAAUUUCCCGUACUACAAAGAAAAUAAACAGGGCUGGCAAAAUUCGAUACGGCACAACCUGAGUCUGAACAAGUGUUUCGUUAAAGUACCCAGGCAUUACGACGAUCCAGGGAAAGGGAACUACUGGAUGUUGGAUCCAUCGUCGGACGACGUGUUCAUUGGUGGCACGACGGGGAAGUUGAGGAGGCGGUCCACGGCGGCGUCGAGGUCUCGGCUGGCGGCGUUCAAACGCGGUGCAAUACUGCAUCCCAUGUUUGGGAACCCAUACGCGUCUUUAGUGGGCUUAUACCCGCCUCUACUGUCAGUGUACGGGAGGUAUGCGCUGCCCAGUCCGUUGUUGAGGCUGCCACCGCCGCCUCCUAGUCCGUACCACCAGCUCUACAGAAGGAUACAAGGCCUCGCGCCGUCGGUGAGCCCUCCGACCGCAGACCCCGAUUCUCAUCUGGUGAAGCACAGUUGAUAGAAACGUUUAGUUUCAUGGCUUCUAGAGGGGUAUUUGGUGAUAUCCCCUUGAAGACUAGGUCAGUAGGACUUGUGUUGUGUUGGAGAGGUGACAAACUGUGAUAGGUACGUGGACGCUUGUGUAUUAUAUUGUAAUAAGUAUCUGUAAAAAGUGCUAAUACUAUUUAUGAUUAUCCUUAAGAUAUUUAAUGAAUUUAAUUAAGACAUAAUAUAAAUAUAAUGGAGAAAAUAAACCAAUUUACAAGCUGCUCGCUUGAAACAUA